ACUGCCGCUUGAGCAAGCCAAACUCCGCCUGAGAGACAAUACUUAGGGAGUGUAACAUCACACUGUAGCACAACAAACCCCGGAAAAGGGAAGCGGAAGAUUGAGCCAAAUGUUAAACAAAAAAGUGAAGUUAGUGAAGUCCAUGGUAGCUCAAAUAAACGUUUCUGCGACUUGACGUGCACGUAUGAAAGAAACAGUUUAGAAAUGUAACGUUUAAAAGUCAUUAAUCUCGUCGAAAAGUGGCAGUUGAGGCAAAUCGCGAAGCUAACGGUUAGCUUAGUUUGACAACAAGACGCUCUGAAACUGAUGACACGAAAGUAUUGGACGAGCAGUUUGUGAUGAUUAUUAAGAAUAUCAUCCAGUUUGUGACAAAUCAACCCGUACUGUUUCAUUUCAGUGAUCAACUCUGGAUUUCUGCCCAGUCCUCUCUGUUUCCUGUGCUCUUUGUGAAAUGACCUGACUGUGACUUCACUGGUUCCAGCAUCUGAUGACAAUGGCCAGAAUAGCCUGGUAUCAAGAGAAGAUCGGGGCCUAUGAUCAACAAGUCUGGGAGAAAUCUCUGGAGCAGACGGAUCUAAAUGGUUUGGACAGCAAACCAAGGAAGACGGGUCACAUCAAACCAGACCUCAUCGAUGUCGACUUAGUGAGAGGAUCCACGUUCAGCAAAGCCAAACCAGAGAGUCCCUGGACAGCUCUGACUCGGAAAGGUCUGGUCAGAGUGCUGCUGUUCCCGUUCUUCUUCCAGUGGUGGAUCCAGGUGACCUCCAAGUCCAUCUCCUCAUGCAUCCUCCUGCUGUACUUCAUGCAAGUGGCAGCAGUGCUGCUGUACUUGGAGGUCCCCGGGGCGAGUGCCAGCGAGGUGUUUGGGCCCAUGUGUCUGAUGCUGCUGCUGGGUACCGUGCACUGCCAGAUUGUGUCGACUGAGUCCAGCCGGUGGCCCUCGGGCAGUCCAGCUGCCAGCUGCACCACCAGCCCCGCUCGCAGACGGAGGCCAAGGAAGGGCAGAGGGCUGAAAAAAUCAGAAGAAAAGAACGACAGCGGAGACACAGAGCAGCAGGGUUCCUGGCAGUUCGAAGAAAGCCAGCGAUUAUACAGGAACGAAGAGAGGAGGGCAAAAAGAAAGUCAGGAUUUGGGGCGUCUGACGAGCUCUCCAGUGAGGAGGAGGAGGAGGUUCAACCAGUGGAAGUAAUUCUUCCAGCUCCUCAUCAAGACAGACUCCCUGCUGCUCCAGCGUCUUCUGUUAGGAACAGAGUGAAGUCUAACGCCAAACCCACAUUAAGACCUCAGGAAGGGAGUGCGGCGUCCAUCAAGGUGAAGCCUCGAGAGGUGGACCGCCUCCGGCCGAGCGGGGGCUCUCGUCCCGCCUCCGACACCGACGACACUCUGUGGGAGGAGCUUCUCCAAGGGCCUGACUCCGCCUCCACGGGGAGCAGUGACAGCGAGGCCAACGGAAGGUACAAUGCUGGUAUGGCAAUCCCACAAACCACCACUCUGAGCAGCGACGAUGAGAGCCUGCAGCAGGGAAUCACUGGAAGCCAGCUGUCCUGGCUGCAGGCGUGUCACCCGUCCAAGGACCGUGUCAGUGCCAUCAUAUGGGAGCAGGGCGAGUGCAAGAAAGCCGACAUGUCAGUACUGGAGAUCAGUGGGAUCAUCCUCACACGGGUGAAGCAGGUGGAGCAGGGUAAAGGUUACCUGGUGCUCGGCGGGCUGAUGACCGCCACGCUGGCGCUGCUCCCCUUUGCCUUCCGCCUGGCUCAGCGGCUGGACAUGUCCGUCCUCGGCUCCCUGUCCCUGAAAGAGCUGGGGAGAAUAGCGAUGGGGCAGCGUGAUGCAAAGGCCUGCGCCUUUUAUUUUAUCACAGCGGUGCAAAGAGUCUGCCUCACAGGACUGUUCUUCUUCAUGAUGUGUGUGGCCGAGAGAACGUACAAACAGAGACUCUUAUUUGCAAAGUACUUCAGCCACCUCACUUCAGCUCGCAAGGCCAAGAAGUCAGAGAUCCCUCAUUUCAGGCUGAAGAAAGUCCAGAACAUCAAGAUGUGGCUGUCACUACGCUCUUUCCUCAGGAGACGAGGGCCGCAGCGAUCCGUUGACGUCAUCGUCUCCACUAUCUUCCUGUUGGCGCUUUCCAUUUCAUUCAUCAUCUGUGCCCAGCUCCUGCACAGCCACCAGACAUUCCUAGACUCCCUGACUAACUGGGAGCUGAUGGUGUGGGCGUCCUCCCUCGUCCUCUUCCUGUUACGGCUCGCCACGCUGGGCUCCGAGACCAACUGCAAGUACAGCAACUCCUCUGUGCUGCUCACUGAGCAGAUCAAUUUGUAUCUGAAGAUGGAGAAAAAGCCCAAUAAGAAAGAAGAACUCAAUAUAGUGAACAAUGUGUUGAAACUGGCAACAAAGCUGAUGAAGGAGCUGGAUAUUCCGUUCAGACUGCUCGGUCUGACUGUGAACCCUCUGAUCUACAACAUCACCAGAGUGGUCAUCCUGUCCGCUGUGUCCGCUGUGGUCAGCGACCUGCUCGGCUUUAACAUCAGGCUGUGGAAAAUUAAGUCUUAAUGUGAAAAAAAACGGCAAACCACUAACAGUCGGACACUGGAGACCAGAAACUCUGCGUGUCUGCUGCGUACCGCGCCUCAUCUACAAGAAAAGUGCAAACCUACUGACUGUUUAUUCGUUGUAUGUGCCUUCCGGCUGAAACUUCUGUCUUUUGAGUUUCAUCAGUCUUUUCGCGAGCCUGAGAUGCUCUGACAAUCGCUCACACGCCACUACCGGCGGCUCAGCUGGCGCCAAACCGCCACGCCACUAACCCAGUGCCUAACCUUUGACCCUUGAAUGUUCCUCAGUAUUCUGUUAAAUAUAGCGGUGAGUUCGAGGUCUGAGAUCAUAUCAGGCUUCUGUGGCAUCCAGAUUUCCAGAUGUGAAACGUUUAACGCAGAGGAUGAUGGAGAUAGUUUGUUUAGUCUUAUUCACUGAUGUUUCCCAUCAGUACAUUAGUACAACUAACUGUUAAACUAUCUAAAGCCGGUAAAUCAAAAUGGGCUGCGACUUAAUUAAAUGAAUUUUCAUAGGACUCAACUUCAGCCAACUUUUUGUACUAUUUAAAGAGGAAAUGUUGUGAUUGUAAGUGGGCUUUUAUUUAUUUGGGAUCCUGUUUUAGCACUUGUAAUGGUACCUGUAAAUCAUGACUCUCUGACCACUAUCUGUCUUUUGUGUCGAGGACCAUUGUUAAAUGAAAUAACUAUGCAAAGUUUUGUAUAGUUAUGCUUAAAGAAGAAAAUGUUUGAUAAAGGUGAAUAAAUGUUUUUCAUCCACUGGUCA